UCUGUGCUUGUAACGUUAGCAAGUAGGAGUGGCCACGGCAUGGGCGUCUAGCUAGAUUUAUAUUAACGAACGUAGAAAUGUAUAUAUACGUAUUCAGGGCAAAUUUAUCAGAUGAACAUAGGCUUGCUAGUUAUGUAAAAUGUGCGAUACAUCAAGUCAAGUUAAUGACAAAGUGUUCGGAAUGUAAGGUCUAGGAGAUCUCUGAGCAAGUGUGUUUACUUGUUGCCAUACUUCUCGUUUGCUGCAGUAGCUAAUUUACUGUAGCUUGCUAGCUAAUGUCAAUUUGCUACGCGGCUAGCCGACGUCGGGUUCUUGACUUUUCUGGUACACAGUGACUCUUUAUCACACGCUAAUAAUCGUAUUGUGAUAUAUACUGGUGGGUAGAUAAUUUAGCUAGCUAACGUUAUAGUUGCAUAGUAAUUUACGCGGAUCAGAUAACAGUUGAGUUGGUGACAAUUGUUUUGUUAGCUAAAUACAAACAACCCACUUUUUUAAGAAGUGAUAGCCAGGGUUUAAAUGAAAAAAUGCAGCGUUACAGUUAUCGUCGUCAUGGAAAUGUAUCUCCCAACGCCCGACCAAUAGGUCAAAAGUUACCGUUUGCACCGAACGACGAAGAAGACGCCCGGAUUGAUGACGGCAACAGUACAGGAGACGUAUCGGGUUUUACAGAAAUUGACCCUCCAAUGCGACUGGACAGUGUCGAUAUUAAACGACUGGAGGACUACAGCCCUUUGAAUCGGAUUGCGGAUGAUGUGGAACGGUGCCGGUGGGGCGAAGAAGGAUUCAGUCAUCCGUCUCACCUUCAGUCCCCCAGUAGCGUUAUUUCCAUGAAAGGCUCCCCGGCGUCACCACGGAAAAACUCUCGGGUGUACGGGAGUUCACCGGAGCGGUCAUGCAUUCAGGAAGACGGGGACUGCUCGAGCUCACCUAUUCCAGACUGCCCCGACACACCGCCACACAAAACCUUCAAAAAACUACUCCUUUUUCAUACUCCACACACACCAAAGAGUUUGCUGAACAAAGCCAGAACUGCCAGCUCAGCGUCCUCAAGUAGGAGAGUAGCCCUCUUCGGGAAUGUAGAAUCCACAGGAACACCUGGUCCGGACAGCAGGAGAAGCCAGACCCCUUUGGUCAACAUCAACCCCUUCACCCCCGAAUCCCUCCUCAUCCAGUCUACAACUCAACUCAGGAACAGCAGAAAGAGGGCACACUGUAAUGAGUAUGUCACUCACUCCUGUGGUGAGGACAUGGAGGUGAGUGAUGCUGAAACAGAGGAAGAGGUCCUUUUCCCACCAAAGAGAAUAACCAUGAUGGAGAGCGACAUGAAUUCCAGGUAUGCCUCAGAGUUCCACGAGCUGGAGAAGAUCGGCUGUGGGGAGUAUGGUGCAGUCUUCAAGUGUGUGAAAAGACUGGAUGGCUGCGUGUACGCUAUCAAGUGUUCAAAGAAGCCCCUGGUCGGCUCUGUGGAUGAGCAGAACGCCCUCCGGGAGGUGUACGCCCACGCCGUGCUGGGCCAGCACCCUCACGUGGUGCGCUACUACUCGGCCUGGGCUGAGGAUGACCGCAUGCUCAUCCAGAAUGAGUACUGCAACGCCGGCACCCUCUCGGACGUCAUGGCCAAGAACUACCGGCGGCUCGGCUUCCUGUCGGAGCUGGAGCUGAAGGGCCUUCUGCUGCAGGUGACGCGCGGCCUCAAGUACAUCCACUCGUCCUCGCUGGUCCACAUGGACAUCAAGCCUAGCAAUAUUUUUAUCUCACGCAAGACGGUUGGUAGUGUAGUAGACGCGUGUGACGAGGAGGACGAAAAGGAUGGACUGGCCACCAGUGUCGUGUACAAAAUAGGUGACCUUGGCCACGUGACUAGGUUAAACAAUCCUCAAGUUGAGGAAGGUGACAGCAGGUUCCUGGCAAACGAAGUCCUUCAAGAGGACUACAGUAACUUGACAAAGGCAGAUGUCUUUUCCCUGGCGCUGACUGUGAUCAGUGCCUCUGGGGCGGAGCCUAUGCCCAGCAAUGGGGACAAGUGGCACCAGAUCCGUCAGGGAAAACUUCCACCCAUCCCACAAGUUCUCUCUCAGCAAUUCCUGAGUCUACUCAAGCUGAUGAUCCACCCUGACCCCGCCAGGCGGCCGUCCACCUUUGACCUCAUCAAGCACCCGGUGCUGUUGACGGCAGCUAGAAUGAGUGCCGACCUGCUCCGUGUGGAACUCGACGCAGAGAAGUCUAAGAACGCCCAGCUUCAGAAGGAGCUGAAGAAGGCCCAGAUUGACAAAACUGCAGCUGAGGAGAAAGUUCUGACCCACUCCACUGUCCAGUCCAACCCCAAAACCUCCAGACUCGUCGGCAAGAAGAUGAACCGCUCAAUGAGCCUGAACAUUUACUGAGACUGACUAUUGCUCCCUGAGUGGGGAGCAAUAAUGGUGCUGGAUCAUGGACUGAAAACAAAUAUCUUGAGUUUCCGACUACGUAUUCUGUUCGAAAAAAAGUGGCAAGGAUUCUACUUAAGGCAGUGGUCACCAACCUUUUCUGGGUCAAAAUGCAAGCUGCGAUUUUCUGUGCAGAUUUAUUAUUAUUUUUAAUUUAAUUUAUUUUUUUACUUAAAAACGUAUUAAGCCUAUGCAACAUUAACCAAUUGAAAACAGUUCUGUAACAAUGAGGUUUGUGCAGUAGUCUAUAGGCCCAAUUCAUUAUCACUGCAAAUUGGUUAUGCUUGAAUUGCCCUGCCAAUGUUCUCAGACCAUUUUAGAAAUUAUAUUUUUAAAUGUGGUAUAUCAUCAUGCUGGUAAUAGACAAGCUGUAAAUUUGGCAAGCUAAUCAGAACACUUUGCUGCACUCGUUCAUUGCAGCAUGAAUGGAAGUAGGGAGAACGUGCAUUUUAUGGUUUAUAAAAAUGUGGAACAAAGUGUUGACGGUGCUGAAUAACAACUUCAACAUAGAAACAACAGCUCUGAUGUAUUCGUUCUCUCUAGUCAUGGUUUUAAAACUUCAGAAAUCUCAGUAUCAACUUUGGUGUGCGUUCAAGGUUUAUUUUUACAGUAUGGUUCGAUCAGACAGCGGUAGGCCUAUAGGUGCUGUUGAUUUGUUCUCUGGGCCUGCCGGCUCUAUGGCUGCUGAAUCAAGUGCACCUAUUGCCAACAGCGCAAAACAAAUAAAGAAAAAUAGGAACGCAGGGCUUUGUAGUUUUUUUUUUUUUUUUUUACAGAAAUGUUUGGCGCUCUACUAGGAAUGCCUUUGAGAUCGACCAGUCGUUCGCCCGGUUGGUGACCACUGUACAGCCAAAUGGGCCUCAUUUCCAAUGGUCACAGGGGACUUUACCCUGUCUCAAUGCUGUGGGUGGGCCUUUCUUGUCCAACUCUGAGACUUUGUCGUACUCAAUCAGUACUGACUUGUCAAACAGUCAGUUCUGUAGGAAGACUUGGCCCUUUCAAUCAAAUUACCAAUAAUCCUGGUGGUGGACUUCUCGUUCCUUACUGUACCUAUUGUUUGUCAGACCCAAGUCUAAGUAGAUUGGCAAGGCUCUCCACUGUAGUCCCUGCACUUCCUUGAAAGCUCAGUCUUGCUCUUUGUUGGAGAGGGGCACAGAUAAGCCCUUCUCAGUGUGUGAAUGUAGCAGACCACAGAUGUGCGCACCUUACUGCCUGAUGUCAGCCAUCCGAGGGUCUGGAUCUGACCACGCUUUUAAUUAAGAGCACUUUGAAGGCAACGGGGGAACUUGCCACACACAACCUGCUGCUAUUCAUGUUUGUCUGUGUUCAAGGGGGUUGAUGGAUUUUUGUUUUCCAAUUGGGGUAGUUUUAAAUCAUUGUUAUUAAGGUGAUCAUAUUUUGUGUACCAUAAUUAUAUACUUUUGAAGAAAUGUUCACUUUUUUCUCUUCUGAGUCUAAAUGGAUCAUGCAAUACAUGUAAGAAAAGUGUGUAUAUCAAACCUGUUUUAAAAAAUGUUUUACUUUCAUUGCCAAUAUUACAACUGGUACAUUUAUAGCCGCCAACCCUGCCUGUUGCAUUAAAACAAUCAUUGUUCUGUAGGUUCACCUGUUUUGUGACGAUGAGUUGCCUUUUUAUUUUACUGUCACUGCAAGGAGCCUGUUUAAUAUUGCUAAAGGGUAUUACUUAUAGCCUGUUUUAUUUUAAUAAAUUCUUAUCAAAUGCA